AUGCCCGAGGCUCGAGAGAGCCUGCUGCUAGACAAAGCAGAUAUUGUUGAUGAUUUGUGCAAUUCUGUUUUCAUUAUAAUAUUUAUCUGCUGGUUUUCUGAACAUUCGUCUUUAAAACCAUUUACAUAUCCAGUGCCUGAGACAAGGUUUUUUCAUGCAGGAGCAAAUGUCUACAAAUUUAAGAUCAAAUAUGGCAACUCUAUGAGACAUAGCAAGGUAGAGAACUAUCAGAAUUUCCUUCAAUUCUUCCAGGAUGCUAUUCGAGUAAUACUUGGAAACCUUGAUGAUCUAUGCCCAUUUACUACUGAACACUUGAUAAUAUUUCCAUAUUUAAACCAAUGGGAAAAAGUGUCAGACUUGAGAUUCAUGCGUGGUGAUACGUUUCUUGUUCCUUAUCCUUACGUCUGCACUGUCUAUGUAGAAUUAAAUCUCUUGAAGCAUGGUGCAUUGUGGGGUAAGUUCCGAAAUUCAAGAAAGAAUGUUUGA